AUGAAAUUGAAUUUUACAAGUUUUUUUUUACACAUAUUUUUGCUCUGUGGUGAUUACAAUUUGCCUGAGAUUUCUUGGUCUAAUGAUUCACAUGGCCUUACUUAUACUUCAUCAUCCGCUCUUCGUGUACCUUGUGUUCCAGAACUACUUGCUUUCAAUGGAUUCUACCAAAAAAAUACUAUUUUAAACUUUAAGGGUUCCAUACUCGAUCUAAUUUGUUGUAACAUAGACUCCGUUGUUGUCACCCAAUCUCUUGAACCGUUUGUUCCACCUGACCCAUAUCAUCCUCCUCUAAAAAUUUCAUUUCCGUAUAUCUCCACCCCUAAUAUAUGUAAUUCAUCUCAUUCCUUUCUGAAUUUUAAAAACGCCGAUUACGAUUCUAUAAUUAAUUUUUUGUCUUACUUUGAUUGGUACUCUACUCUAUCCAACCUAGACUUAAAUACUGCGGUUUAUACCUUUACUGAUGCUCUUCAUAAUUCAAUCUUGAGAUCUGUCCCUAUAUCACGCUUCUAUAAAUCCAGUUUUCCCACAUGGGUAUCUAAAGACCUCAAAUCGUUAAUUUAUCGUAAGAACAAAGCUCAUGCAAAGUUUAAAUGUUCCUUCGACCCUGCUGAUUACACUGCUUUUUCCCUCCUUCGUGCUAAAUGUAAAUAUACUUCCAAAAAAUGUAAUAAAGAAUUCGUCGAAAAGUCUGAAAAAUCUCUAUCCUCUAAUCCCAAAAAUUUUUGGGAUUUUGUACGCAAGAAUCGUUCCCACAAUGCUGUUCCGAACACUGUUUCUUUAAUUGGUGUCAAUAGUUCUUCUAAGCUGGAAAGUGUUAAUCUGUUUGCUAAACAUUUUUCUUCGGUUUAUCCUCCAGAGCCCGUUACUUCAAAUCUUCAGAUAUUAGAUAUACAGUUCUUUGACUUACCUAACAACUGUUACUUCUCUGCAAACGAUGUCCUCCUCAAACUUAAUACUUUAGAAAAUGUGUCUUCUAUUGGACCCGAUGGAAUACCUGGUUAUUUCCUCUACAAAACGAGGUUCAUUAUUUUCUAUCCUCUUUGGAUCCUAUUUCGAAGAUCCCACGAUGAUAGUACUUUUCCGGACAUGUGGAAAAUUGGUUCCAUUACUCCUAUUUUAAAAUCAGGUUGCCGUACGUCAGUCACUAAUUACAGACCAAUUUCCAUUUUAGGGCAUAAUUCUAAGCUCUUUGAGUCAUUAGUCUUAGACGCAAUUCAGCCUUCUGUAAAUUUGAUCUUAGCCAACGAACAGCAUGGUUACCGUACUGGCAGAUCAACGGUUACUUGUAACCUUGUUUUCUGCAAUUACAUAUUCGGAUAUUUUAAAAAUGGAACACAGGUUGAUGUCAUAUAUACCGACUUUGCUAAGGCGUUUGACUCUGUUAACCAUGAGGUUCUAAUCUCUGUUCUUCGUGCUACUGGAUUUGGGGAUCCUAUCCUAUCUUG